UUGCUGCGCAUGCGCGGUCAAAAAUGAACGAAUCACUCUCUCAAACAACUCUUUGUUCCCGAGUCAUAUUAAAGAUUCGUUCAAAGUGAACGAAUCCUUUAUGAACGACACAUCACUCUCUGGGACGCAGUCCACAGUGAGCGCCUGAUACUUCCCGUUACAUAGUCCCGUUACUUACACACACACACACACACACACACACAGCCAGAGGAUGAGACGAAGGGAAGGACAGCAUGUUCACGACUUCUGCACGGAUUAUAACGCAUUGAGUGUUAAAACAAUGAUUUUACUCCUGAACUGGUGGAUUACAGUAAUAACUUUUACAGCUAUGCCCUGGUGUGAGGCGGUGCAGGUGAAUGUGCGGGACAAUCGCCGUUUCGCCCUGCUUUUCCAGUCGGUGGUUUUGCCAUGCCAGUACACAAGCUCCUCUACCCAUACGCCAGUGGUGCAGUGGUGGUACAAGUCGUACUGCCGUGACCGCACACGUGACGCACUCAGCUUUCCAGAGUCUCUGGGAGUCAGGGGGUCUGAACUGGGGGCCUCCUCCCAUCUGGACUGCAGCGACAACAGCCGGACGGUUCGGGUUGUGGCCUCCGGGCAGGGAUCCUCUCUCACCAUUGCUGAUUACUACAAAGACAGAGACAUCUCCAUUAUUAACAAGGCUGACCUGCGCAUUGGAGAGUUGCGAUGGGGUGACAGUGGUGUUUAUUACUGCAAGGUGGUGAUCGCGGAUGACUUGGAGGGCCCGAAUGAAGGUCAUGUGGAGCUCCUGGUUCUGGGUCAGACAGGUGUGGCUGACGAUCUCCUGCCUGAGAUAGAUCUGGAGAUUAUGCCAGAGUGGGUGUUUGUGGCAGUUGUAGUCCUGGGUGGUGUCUUGUUCUUCGUCCUGGCGGGCGUGUGCUGGUGUCAGUGUUGUCCUCACUCCUGCUGCUGCUACGUGCAAUGCUGCUGUUGCCCUAAAACCUGCUGUUGUCCUCGCCACUUGUAUGAAGCAGGAAAAGGCAUAAAGACAGCCACCGUGCCAGUACCAAUCUACCCUCCGUACUACGUACAAGGCAUGCCCGCCAUGGUGCCCAUCUCUCCUCCCUCUCUAAUUGAGCCCAAGAUGUCUACUGCACCAUCCAUCGAUAAUAAUAUCUCUUCAACUCAGCAGUCAUUAGUGCACAGUGUGUAUCGUCUCCAGCCUACGCCGGAUCAGAAUUCACUGAAGGUGCUGCAGUAUGUGGAAAGACAACUGGCACAUUUCAACCCUUCUAAGACCCUCAGCAGUCAUGAUUCUUGCAGUGCGUCAGAAGUUAGUUCCUUACAUGAAGCAGAGACAGAUUUCCACCAGGCUUAUCGGAAGGUUCAGAAGAAAGCACUUCCAGCCAUUCCUGAUAUGGACGACCGUCCAGACAUACUGAGUAGAGAAAUGUCUCCAGUGCAUGCACAAACGUCCGUUCGACAUCCUCAUCAUCGAGUGAAGGAAGAUUACCCAAGGUGGAACCCGCGUUCUGAGCACCUCCAGAGGAAGGCAUUCCAAAUGGGAGGACGCACCGGCUCCCUGGAUGAGCUUGAGGAAUUUGCCAUGAGCUAUGUGCAGCGCCGCCGCCAUGACGACUGUAGUGAUGACGAGGCCGAUUACAUGACGUGCGCAAAACAAAGGCAGUGUGAACACGAGCGAGAACGGCGGAGAGAACGGGAGCUGGAGCGUAACCAUCAUCCACAUUACAGCUCCAAACGUUAUUAUCCUAAAGAUGUCCAAGACAGACCUCGUCCUGCAAGUCCUCCUGCUGUACCAGGAAAUCCAAAGAGACGAGGUACAGGGGACAGCAAUCUUCGUCGUGAAGCCAAUGCAUGGGAUUCGAGAAGGCAGGAAGUUGCAUGUGGGCAGGACUAUGAUGAUGCCCUCCUUAAUAGCUUAUUGGAACGCAAAGCAAAAGCUGGGAGGAGCUUGUCUUCGAAAAGUGGCUGGAACGAGGAAGAAUCAGACAGGCCCUCCAAGAAUAGCUCUCAAAAGAGCUGCCACAGUCAUUCACCUAGCAAUAGAUCAGCUAGCAACCGACCAGCAGAGGAGGACGAGUCGUUGCCUCCAUACGCAGAAAGGGAACCAGAACGUUUCCGUGGGGCCGUGAACUCCCACCAACCUUUGACCUCCACACGCUCCAGAAAAGAACAGGAAAAUAGAGAGGAACUGAAUAGGCCGCGUAAAGUGAACACACUCCUAAGCAGAGAUUCACUCAUAGUCUGACCAGCAAAGGCAGGUCUCACACGCUCUUGCUCUCCAUCCAGCAUCUGUAGGCUUCCCACGCUGCGCACUGAUCUUCACACUUAUAAAUGCUUAUUGGAGGUCAGACAUCCUGGAAUGCUCAGAGGAUUAAAACGAGGACAAGUAUUUAUUACAGCAAUAUCCAAACUGUGCUGGAAAAGCUUGACUUAACUAAGAAGCUUUGUUUUCUUAAAUAAAACAACUGUUACUUAUCUGGACUAUGACAGCCAAGAAGCCUGUAACUGGAAAGCCAACGGAGCUACAGUUUUAUGAAGACGAGAGAUCAAAGAUGACUUUUUGGUAGUAUUUUAUUUGACGGUACCUCCGAACUAUUAUUCUUUUUGUUCAAGUUGUUCAGUUCACGAGGAACUUCUGCAACCAUACUAAGUGGACAUAAGUAAAAAUGAACUGGUGGGACAGUAUCGGUUUAUUUGAUCAGGUAGAACACAUGCUGUCAUUACAGAAACAUGAUGGAGCAUCGUGAGUAAUGAACGCCUUACAGAGGCUGAUAGUGACAUAAGCAUAAUGGGCCUCAAUUGUGCACGGCGAACACACAAGUCUUUGUGAUGACACACAAGCAUGAUUUCACUCAACGUUACCAGGAGUCCAUGUUGCUGUGUGAGAUCAGACAGCGGAUGACGUUGUGCAUCUUUUGUGGGUCCUGAGAUUUGCUUCCCACUUUGACAUAAUGUGCCAACAAACAGUGCCACAUGUGCUAUAUAAUCUGGAAAAAUGUAUUUAUUAUUUUUUUUACAUAAUUUGUCAAUGUCCGUUUUAAUACAAAAGGAAUAAUUGAGAAACUUGACAAUUGUUAACAUUAAUAUUAUGCCUUUUUGCCUGUGAAGACUUUUCUGUUUAUGCCUACAUAUGUGUACAUUAGUGCUAUACCCAGUCUUGUUCUUUAUAUUUAACACUAAAUCAUAUCAUUAACUUAAUUAACGCUUUUAGAGGAAUAUGCCAGCUCUUUUGAACCGAAUCUCUAUAAAUUGAUUGCGUCUAGAAUGUGAAUAUAGUGCAUAGACUGCAUACCACUGACAAGAACUGACACGUUUACCUGUACCGAGAAAAGAACUGAAAACCUGCUUACUUGAAACUAACGUAUUAUAGAUGUCUAAUAAAAGAUAUUGGUCAGUAAUGAUAAAAAUGUUCAUAUAUAGUAGCGCAAAAUAAAAACUACAGCUAACUAUUUCAUUCAUUCGUAAUUAGUAACUGCUUUCUCCUCAUUGCAGAGCCGUACGCAAAGCCGGAAUACACACUGAAUGAGAUGACAGUCCAAUGCAGGGCAUUAUACUCACACACACAUACACACGAUUCCAUCCAUGCAUCUAUUUUCCAUACUGAUUAUCCUACACAGGGUCACGGGGAGCCUGGAGUCUGGAGCCUAUCCCAGGGGAUUCGGGGCACCCUGGACAUGUUCUGCAUUCACACACUACAGACAAUUUGGAAAUUCCAAUCAGUCUGCAACGCGUGUCUUUGUACUGGGGGAGGACACCGGAGUACCCAGAAGAAACCCCCGAAAAACGGGGAGAACAUGCAAACUCCGCACACACAGGGCGGAGGCAGGAUUUAAACCCCCAACCCCAGAGGUGCAAGGCAAACCUGCUAACCACAAAUAAUAAUAAUAAUAAUUGCUUACAUUUAUAUAGCACUUUUCUAGACACUCAAAUCAAAGCGCUUUACAUAGUAUGUAUGUGUGUGUGUGGGAGGGG